CCCUGCAAGGAAUGCGAAUGCUUUAUUGAGUCAGCUAAAGCACUUUUUGGACAGUAGCAUCCUCCAGCCUGAGGUUUACAGACGUUUCAGCCGUCGCCUGCCCAAAAUGAGGGUAGCGUCCUACGGAGUGUCAAUCUACCUGCCAUAUUUCAAUGAGUUUGCCAUACAUUUUGUCAAAAGUGAGAUAUUCCUACUAGCUUAUGUUGUUUCACCGUUCCAAGAAUGCAACCACACGCUUUUGUUGAUUUUAGUUUUCACAUUUAGCAGCAUUUUUAAAAGUUUGUAAGCUAAUUAGCGAGCUAGCAUGCUAGCGAUGGUAGCAUAACGAUUAACGGCCCAGUAGCGGUGUACGCAAGUUGAAGAAAACCGAGGAUCAUAUGAGGAAUGCUACACAGCAGCAUCCAGCCUGACAUUUACCGACAACUUUUCACCUGUUUUCACCUGCACAUGCCUCAGGUAGCGUCCCAUGGAGUUUUGCUGUUUCUGGUCAUGGAUGAGUUUGUCUGUGAAAAAUUAACCGAAUGGAAGCUCAGCGAGUUGAUACCAUCAUUUCAAGAACAAGGCAUUGAUGAGGAAAGUCUUUAUGAUCUUACUGAUGAAGACAUCAGUAAUCUGAUCACAAAAGUUGGACCAAGGGCAAAAUUCAAGAAGAGACUCAAGUUGCUAAAGCAGGAAAAAUUUGAAACACCUCAGGAAACAGAUCAUUUUUCUGUCCUUCUAAAGGGGAAUGAAGAAACAGCUGAGGAUGCACAGGUGUUGCCUAACCCUAAUGAAACAGAUAAAGGUAAAAGAAAGUCUGUGCCUCAUGAGGGGACCAGCAGAUUCCAAUUACCAAUGAAACGACGCCGUGAAACCUCAACAGAAGAAAAACUUGUACUGUCUAAAGCCAAAGAAAUCAUGAAGAGGGUGAAGGAUGGACUACCUAAGACAGAGCUCAAUGAUUUUCUAAGUGAAAAAAUCCAUGAUUUGGAGACAGAGAAGAAGGAGCUGGUUGGUGUCUUUGGUCGAACAGGGGCUGGGAAGAGCUCCUUAAUAAAUACUCUCAUUGGAGAGAGGAAUCUCUUGCCCUCAGGAGAUUUAAAUGCUUGCACAACAGUCAUCAUUAAGGUGGAAGCUAACAUGAAGAAUAAGAAGUAUGAGGCAGAGAUUGAAUUCAUCUCUAAAGAGGAUUUGGAGGAUGAUUUACAGGGCCUGAAAAGAAUCGCCCUUGGGGAUGCAGACAAUGAAGAGGAAAAUGACGAUGCCAGUGGUGACAGUGGCUACAGUAGCAGCUUCGAUGAUAAUGUCAGUGAUGAGGAUGUUUAUAAUGAUGCUGUCGAAGUGCUGUCAGCACUGUAUGGAGCAAGAUGGGAUGAAAUCUGUGCCAGUGACGAUUUCAUGAAUAGGAGACAUUUCCGAGAAAUUCCAGAAUUUCUUGAGUCUGGGAAAAAGACCUUGGCAUUUGACUCACCUGAAAUGCUCUCCAGAGAACUCGUCAAGUACACACGAAGUGUCACAGUUGUCUGUGAGGGUGAAGACACUAGGAGGUGGUUUUGGCCCCUGGUUAAGUGUGUGACUAUCAGAGUGCCAAAUAAUGACUUCCUCCAGCAUGUCACACUUGUGGAUCUACCUGGAGCUGGGGACCGCAACAAGAGACGAGAUAAUAUGUGGAAAGAGGUUGUUGGUAACUGUUCCACUGUGUGGGUUGUGGCAGAAAUUAACAGAGCAUUAGCAGAGAAAGAGCCAUGGGAGAUUCUGGAAAAUGCCAGCAGUGAUAUGGGAAAUGGUGGCCAGUGUCAGCGCAUUCACUUUAUCUGUACCAAAUCUGACAUUGUCAAAAAGUCAAGAGACCAAUCUGCAGCUGAUGUUCGCUCUGCCAUAUUAGCCAGGAACAAGAAAGCCAAGGAAGGAUUGAUGAAAGAGUUUAGGAAACAAAACAUCAUUCGGAAACAUUUCAGUGAUGAAUGUUUCAAAGUGUUCGCAGUGAGCUCCACAGAGUUUCAGGAGAGAGAAUGGUUAAAACCUGAAGACACUGAGAUCCCCAAACUUCUGGACUUUUUGCAAGACCUCAGUGACCGUCAAUCAGAGACAGAGACACUGAACUAUGUGUCAGGAGCUAAAGGGAUUCUGUCCUUAAUUCAAGGGGCCCGCUGUGGAGAAGUGUCUCAGAUUAAAGAAGAUGUGCGCACAGUCCUCAAAAUAAAUUUGGAGCAUGGACUUCUGAAAGUGUCAGCGCCAAUUCUAAAGGCCAUAACUGCCUUUCAGAAGUGCCUCAACAAUGGGGUGGAGAACUCCAAAAGUUCUUGUGAUCGUACCUUGAAGUUCUUCCUAUAUCCUAAAGGAAAAGCAAGAGGACGAGGGUUUCACAGGACACUGAAGUGUGUUGUUGCAAACAACGGCGUCUGCAAAACAACAAAAGGGAAACAUCUAAACCUCAAUGAGAAAUUAACUGCAAAGCUGAAGGAGAGCAUUGAUGAGGAAUUCAGGAAGACAUUCCCAAAUGAAUCAAAACAAGAACCAUUCAAUGGGGCCAUCAGUUGCUAUUCAGUCAUCACAGAGGCAUUCGUUGAGAAGUACAAAGAUGUAACUGCAAUGCAACUGCGACUGGAAUAUCUCAGGACAGAGGAAAUCAAAAUCAAGACACAACUCCACAAAGACAUCCAGAAGAGAAAGAAGGCAAUCUACAACAGCCUGACAAAAAUAGUAACGGAAAAAAUGUUACCAUGCUAUCAAGAUGCACAACAAUGUGAAGGAAGAGGAUCACUGAAAAACAUGAGGAACAUAAUUGAGAGACAUGUUAAUGCUAACAAGAGCAACAUGUUUGAAGAGGCGACAAACAUGAUGUUGAGAGAUCUGCACAUCUUGGGGGUGGACAUCCUGAAGAAACUGAAAAACGACAUGCUGAAGGCAAUUGAGUGUUCACUCAGGACUUAUUCUCAAUCACUUCCAGAUGUCAAAGGAGACCUUGAGAGGGUGACAAAAUACUGUAAAAUACUGAAGAAAAACACCAAUAAAGAAACAUCACCAACAAGUGCGGAUCAACCUGGCCCGUCAACUGCACGGGUACGCUGUUAAAAUGAUGAUUAACAUUAGGAAUUCUGACAGGUUCACUAGAUGGAGAGAAACAGCUAUGGUCUGUUUUACCACAAGGAUCCCACUGGGCACAGUGAUCCAAAACUUUAGGCCUCUGGAUUGGAUCAACGAGUAGUCAUUUCUUCUUAUUUAGUAUCGGGUCAGUGUUAUUGAGUUUGAUAAUGUGGGUUUCAAACUUGCUUGUACAGUUGGACACAAGAAAUAGUAUGGGGGAGGGGAGGGAGUGUUUAAGGAUUUACCAUUAUUUCAAGUAGACAUCAUCUUAAAUGAGGUUGCAGUUUUCUAAUCUUUUAGAUGUUUAUUCGUUCCUUGUAUAUUAUCUAAUGAAUUGGGUGGAUGAUUUUAGAUGUAUGCAUUGCAGUUUCAAUUAUAAUAAAUGUGUGAUGAAAUCUUAAACCUUGAAAUAAAAACUCUUGGUUCGA